AUGCAAGAAAGCUCUCCCAAUUUCAGGUAUUCCAAACAGUGGCUGAUCAUAUUUUGGGAGUGGGGCUACGGUUCCCAAGAUAUUGAGAUCGAGAAUUUUGUUUAUUUCAGAAUUCAAUUUUUCACAUGUCAAGACAAACCGGUUACCCUGGUAGAAUAUGCUCGUUCUCCAGUGGACGCUUGCGAUUACCACCAACGUUCAAACCAUCUUCAACCCAAGGCUGGAACUGAUCAUAGCCUUCCCCGAGCCAUAACCCUGGUCGACCCAAUGCCCCAAAAUUCAGGUCAAUUUUUCAUUAUCCGAGGCGUGUUGGACGCAGUCCAUUCUAGUGUGGACGAGUAG